UUGUUAUCAGAAAGAAGGUGUAGGAGGAAGAGUUGCAGAGUGAGAGAGAGAGAGGUGCGAAGAUGAGUGGAGCGAAGGGGAAGAAGAAGGCGACGAGCUUCGUGAUCGAUUGCGCGAAGCCGGUGGAGGAUAAGAUCAUGGACAUCGCUUCCCUUGAGAAGUUUCUGCAGGAGAGGAUUAAGGUCGGCGGCAAAGCUGGUGCGCUCGGCGAUUCUGUCACUGUUUCUCGUGAGAAGAGCAAAAUCACCGUCACCUCCGAUAGCAACUUCUCCAAACGGUAUCUGAAGUACUUAACCAAGAAGUACUUGAAAAAGCACAAUGUGAGAGAUUGGCUACGUGUGAUUGCCUCCAACAAGGACCGGAAUGUCUACGAGUUGAGAUACUUCAACAUUGCUGAGAAUGAGGGUGAGGAGGAAGACUGAAGAUCUAAGACUCUGUCUUGAGGCAUUAUCCAUUAGGUGUAAUUGUUGCGGAAAUUGCUUUUAAUCUAUGUUAUGUAUCGACUUUUUUCUGGUUGUUUAAAUUUUCAUUGUGAACCAAUGUUAUGCCAUAGAAUUCAGAUACACAGUUCGCAUCUUACAUGUUGGGAUUGCUAUCUUUUAUUUGGUCACUAUUUACUAAUUACAGCAGGAGAUAUGUUUGAGUU